AUGCCUUUUGUACAUAGUUACAUUCUUUCUGAUGUUUGCUCUUUAGGUAAUGAUUCUGACGUUGACCUUGACAGGAAGGAAGAUGAGCGAGAAAAAACUCCAAAGAGGCCCAGGGCUCAGAAAACAGAGAAAACUCCAUCGACUAAGGAGACUGAGCAGGUUUCAGGAGCUAAAAAUCCUAUUAUAAGUGUGGUUUUGACAGCCCAUGAAGCUAUUCCAGGAGCCACAAAAAUUGUUCCUGUUGAGGCUGCUCCCCAAGAAAGUGAACCCACAACCCCAGAGGCAACAGUUCAAGACCCAUCACAGCGAAGAGGAUAUCAAGAAUAUGCUAUUCAGCAAACCCCAUAUGAACAGGCAAUGAAAUCAAGCAGGUUGGGUCCAACUCAACUGAAGAUUUUCACGUGUGAAUACUGUAACAAAGUGUUCAAAUUUAAACACUCCCUCCAAGCGCAUUUGAGGAUCCAUACAAAUGAGAAACCUUACAAGUGUUCAUACUGCAGCUACGCCAGCGCCAUCAAAGCCAACCUUAACGUUCACAUGCGGAAACAUACAGGGGAGAAGUUUAGCUGCGAUUACUGUGCGUUCACUUGUCUCAGCAAAGGCCACCUCAAAGUCCACAUUGAAAGAGUUCAUAAGAAAAUCAAGCAGCAUUGUCGCUUCUGCAAAAAGAAGUACUCAGAUGUGAAAAACCUGAUCAAGCAUAUCAAGGAAACACACGACCUUCAAGAUAAAAAGGUGAAGGAUGUUUUUGAUGAGCUUUGCUUGAUGACACGAGAGGGCAAAAGGCAACUUCUUUACGACUGCCACAUUUGUGAGCGCAAAUUCAAGAAUGAACUUGAUCGAGACCGUCACAUGCUUGUUCAUGGGGAUGAAAGACCCUUUGCUUGUGAGCUCUGUGGUCAUGGAGCCACUAAAUACCAAGCCCUUGAGCUUCAUGUUCGCAAGCACCCGUUUGUGUAUGUGUGUUCCGUGUGCCUGAAGAAGUUUGUCAGUUCCGUAAGACUCCGUGCUCACAUCAAAGAUGUGCAUGCAGAUUUGCAGGAGGCUUCUGUUUUUAACAGUUCUAUCAAUCAGAGUUUCUGCCUGCUUGAGCCGGGAGGUGAUAUCCAGCCGGAAGCCCUUGGUGAACAGCUAGCACAAAGUGCAGAUGAGUUGACCGUCAUGAGUGCUGAUGGUGGUAACACACCACAACCGUCUGCUUGUAAAGGUCAAUCAACAGCUGCAGAUGUAAACCAUAAUGGUCAACCUAAUGGUGACACAAACAGUGAUACUGCCUUUUCCUUAGCAAUUGAAAAUCCUUUGGUGAAGAAUGUACCAGAGACACUGUGUCAGACGACAGACGUAGCAGUCCCGGACAUUCAAUCCUGUGUAGCAUCAGACUGCUUUCAGCUCAAAAAUGGUACUUCUGGUCCUGAUGAGUUGAAAGGUUCUCCUGCAAAUGAAGAGGAAGCUAAUCCCUGCAGCUCAGUAAAUGAGCAGGGUGAAGAAAUUCAGCUUUUGCUGCCUGAAGACAAAAGUUUAAUUCUGAGUCAGGAUAAUGCAGUGACUGAGAACCUUUCAGACUCUGAAGAGAGAAAUCGGGCUGUUCCUUCCAGGGAAUCAGAAACAAGCAAUGUGCCAAUGCAAAAUGCAGCAGAAACCACAAGGCCUCUGCCAGCACCAGCAGCGAAUGCAGCCGUCGGUCCACCGGCAGCCUCUUCUAAUGCAGCUACAUCAGACAGCAGGAGCGGAGCUGUUGCCUUUAUGCAGAUCUUGGAUAGUUUGCAGAAGAGACAAAUGAACACAGAGUUGUGUGAGAGGAUAAGGAAGGUUUAUGGAGACUUAGAAUGUGAAUAUUGUGGCAAGUUGUUCUGGUACCAGGUCCAUUAUGACAUGCAUGUUCGUACGCAUACUCGAGAACAUUUAUAUUACUGCUCCCAGUGCAAUUACUCUUCCAUCACCAAAAACUGCCUUAAGCGUCACGUCAUUCAGAAACACAGUAAUAUUUUGCUGAAGUGUCCCACAGAACAUUGUGACUACUCUACUCCAGAUAAAUACAAGCUCCAGGCACAUCUUAAAGUUCACACGGAACUGGAUAAAAAGAGUUAUUCCUGUCCUGUGUGUGAAAAGUCAUUUUCUGAAGAUCGACUUAUAAAAUCUCACAUCAAGACAAAUCACCCUGAGGUUUCAAUGACUACUAUUUCUGAGAUUCUUGGCAGAAGAGUUCAGCUGAAAGGACUUAUUGGAAAACGAGCUGUGAAAUGUCCCUACUGUGAUUUUUAUUUUAUGAAGAAUGGAUCAGACCUUCAACGUCACAUUUGGGCUCAUGAAGGUGUCAAACCCUUCAAAUGUUCUCUCUGUGAGUACGCCACUCGCAGCAAGAGCAACUUGAAAGCCCAUAUGAAUCGUCACAGCACUGAGAAAACACACCUUUGUGACAUGUGUGGAAAAAAGUUCAAAUCAAAAGGCACUUUGAAGAGCCAUAAACUCCUUCAUACUGCUGAUGGAAAGCAGUUUAAAUGUACAGUGUGUGACUAUACAGCUGCCCAAAAACCACAGCUCCUCCGUCAUAUGGAACAACAUGUCUCUUUCAAGCCUUUCCGUUGUGCACACUGCCAUUAUUCCUGCAACAUCUCUGGCUCCCUGAAGAGGCAUUACAACAGAAAGCAUCCUAAUGAAGAGUAUGUAAACAUAGGUUCUGGGGAGCCUGCAGCAGAAGCCCUCAUCCAACAAG